AUGGGCGACGACCCAUCGCGGGACACGGACUCCAAGCCGGACGCUCCGCCAGCCCCCGAGGAGUUGCAAUUUCCGUUGACAAUCGUCGACAGGCUUGUCCUUUCACAGACGGACGAGGAAUUCAAGAAGCACGACUGGCAGGAGCUGCGGCAGAUCAUAGGGAGAAACGACCUAUCGGCCCUCAAGCGGAAGCCGUCCGAUCUCCAACGGUACAUGAAGUGGACGGCGGAGAAGACGACACAGCACGGCUCCAUUACGAACUUUAUCCUCGCCAACCGGCUACCCAAGACCUGGGGUUCGCCACCAUUCGUCCCGGCAUCUCUGACCCCCCUAGAAGACGGCACCGACUACAAGGCUCUCCUGAACGACUGGCCGUACGGGUUGCAGGAGGACAUCACCCACAUCGUCGUCUGGUCACGCACGCCCAUCCCGACCGACGCCCAGACGGGUGAUCUGACGGACGAGAGCAGGGCCCAGGUGGCCGAGUUCGUGAAGAGGUACUUUGUCGAGGCGCUGGGCGAGGGGGGCGAAGAGAAGGUGCUGUGGUUCAAGAACUGGGUUUCGCUGCAGAGCGUGAGGACGCUGGAGCACUUCCACGUCCUCGUGCGCGACGUCGACGACGACACUCUGGAGCGCUGGACGGGAGAGCGGCCGAAGCGAAGCGGAUAG